AAAUGGCUAACAUUAAAAUAUCACAACUUUGAGGUAUUGUGAAAGAGAUUUAUCUACUAGACUGCAGAAAAGAGUUUUGAUUAACAAUAAUGGACCAAGUACCAGAUACGGCCCAGCAUGUUAUCGAGUGUGACACAGAAUCCUGUGGGAAAUUUUCUGAGUUCUACUGCAAUACCUGUCAUCAGCGAAUCUGUGAUCAAUGCAAACAGCGCCACCUAGAGCAGAACAAAGGACAUGAGAUAGUCCGCUAUCAUAAGAGAAAAAGAAAACUUCCUUCAGAAAAAUGCAUGAUCCACCCCACACAAGAUAUAGACAUUUUUUGUAAGGUUUGCGAAGAUCCUCUUUGUUCUACAUGUUUUGCCCUGUUUCACAGUGAUCAUGAUAAAAGUGACCUUGAAACCAUCUACAACGACAUUCUACAGCAAUGUCAGAAGGAAAUAGCGGAGAUCUGGAAAACAGUCAUUCCUAAAGCUAAAAAUAAUCUUGAAUCAAAGCGAGAUAAUGUCACGAAAGAAAUUGCCAAGAUAAGAGUUUCCAUGAAGAAGAGAGCAGAUGAAGUGAAGAAGGUGGUUGACAGUAUAUUAACUGAUAAUAAUAAAAAACUGGAUGAGAUCGAAAACUCUAUACUUGAUGAAAUAUUGGAACAUCAAAGGGAAACAGAGGGCUACAUAAAUUACCUAGAAAAAAUGAUUGCAGACUAUGAGAGUAAAAUGUCUUCCAUAAAACACACUGAACUUAUGAAGUUCAAUUUAGACAUUUCAUUGUCUACGCUAAAGAUGCCUAGCAAAUCUGAACCCAAAUUGCCAAUUUUCACAUUAGGUACACUAAAUAAAGAAGAAAUAGCCAAACAGCUUGGUAAAAUUGAACUUGAAAUAUUUAAGCUUUCUUCUAUAACAAAAGUAAGUGAAAAAACUAUCCAGAGAGAUGGAACUUCUCAUUUGUCUCUCUCAUCUCCAAACAAAUUUUGGGCCAGCGAUGGUUUUAGAAAUCUCAUUCAGUAUGAUAUGGAAGGAAAAAUCCUACACAAAGAUCCACCAGUAUUUGGAACCUACGAGGUAUAA